CCAUUCCGCGCCGCCAUGGGGAUGUGACCCUUGGUCGGAAACCUUAGGUGAUGUAGUAGUUCAGGGGUGGGCAGUGAUUAAAAUUUGUUUUGUUCAGUUACCUUCUUCACUACAGGGUACCGGACUCACCCAGUCUCAUCUUGGUGUCAAGUGACUUGAAUCAACAUUUCCAUCCUUCUUCUAUCUGUUGCCAUUGGUAUUAUACGCUGUACUACUUGAUCACUUCAUCCUCACAUUUACGACCGUUUUCUCAAAAGAGUCGGUGCACAACGCCACCCGCAGCCUGGGCAUUUAAUAUCUGGUAUAGUAACCAUAGUAACCUAACUGAUGCGGUCCUUAGCGAAUCUGCCAACCUUGCCAACCUUACAUGGCACCACCCGGAACACCACCACGGCCAGUCACGUUGAUGCCCCGCACCCCACACAGGCACAGGUAGAUGGCCAGGUUGAUCAAGCUAUAACACCAACCGAGGCUGGCGCAAUGAGAAGACUUUCCGUCUCUUCACCCAAGAUGUUGUUCUCAGAUCUGUACAAAUCGACUAAGUCACCGCUGGCCAAGCUGCGGCGCCACUCACAGGUUGCGCCUACGGUCCCGGAUUAUGACCCCGAUCUUACAAGCCGGGAUAAAACCAAGCAGAAGGAUGCUAUCAAACGUGUUCUAGCAGCCAAGGUGCGGAAUGACUGGAAUUUCAAAUGGUCGCGUCCGUCUGCAAAGCCAAUUUCGAAAGAGGAAGAGAUCGGAGCUACGGUCAAUGCUCACCAGGAUGAUCUUAUCGUAGAAGAAACGGAUUCUGAAGAUGACGCUGCCUCGACAUACAGCACGGUCUCGGAGGAUCUUGUUCAUUUUCGCCCUCGGUCCGAGUGGCUGUCAGAUAUGCCUGACGACGACGAUGAUGACCUGGUAUCACCUUCGGCUUAUCGCUUCGACACUCCGGAUGCCAUUGGCGCUUUGGUGAAAGCGGAAGCUUUGGCUAAGAGCGCAAAACGGAGGAGAGCGGUGCGUUCUGAGAUGGAGUGGAACGAUGGACUAGCUUGCUUUAACGCUCGACGAGAUGCCUGGACAGGUGCGAAGGCGGCUCGCAUUCGUCCAAAGCCGCCCUCUCCGACAGUCACUUCCCCCGCUUCUAAGCGUCUAUCCUGGUGGCAUCUUUCAACUUCACCAUUACCUUCAUCACCUACAGAGUCGACGGGUGUAGCUUCACCCUUAAGCCCUAGUGCAACACGUACGUCUGGUGAUACAACCGUUGUGGCAUCAUCUGAUGUGGAAUUCAAAGAGGCAAAAACGAAAGACGAUACCUCUACUUAUCCAGUAGAGACUCUCAUUCCCAUACCGCAGCCUAUUCUACCUCCGGCCACUCCUAUGCGUGCCUCUAUCACCCCGGCCGCAUAUUCUACCAUCUACGACAAGAUUGUGAUACAAUCUGCAACACCAUCAUGUCCCGUCAACUUAAGUGAUGUGAUCCGCGCCUGCGUCGUCGGCUGGAAACGAGACGGUGAAUGGCCUCCUCGAGCAGCCGAACCUCCUCCCGUAGUAGCAGUACGCAGGAGGAAGAAGGAAGGCAGCACGGAUAGCAAGCCUAAUGCAUCCAAGAGGAUGAGCUUCAGUUUUUUAGGGCGGAGGCAGAGUGUAGUAGGUGAUCCUAGCACUCUAGCGGAAAGCACGUCGCACCCAGAGACUCAAGCUACAGGAAAGGCAUUUAAAAAGAGCCUCCAACGCGUUUUAGGGUUCGGGAAUGAGAGGACGGUUAACAAUACCGGUAACCCGUAACCACGGAACCGAUGUAGGAUAAUGGACUGGGCGGGAAAAAAAGACCACGGCGCUUAGGGAGUAGGGCACUCGUCUGGGAAAGGAAGAUUGGGCUGGGACAGUUCACGACAAUACCCUCUAGGGCUUUCAAGGAGGAUGCGAGUUCUCGGCAUUUAGGCAUAUACCCAGCAUCGCUUUCGGCGUUUUCCAUUUUACCUCACCUCGAAAUAGCCACGCCACCGUCGCGUGGCAUACGUACGUACAUACAUAUUUUGUCAGCAGACCCUAGAAUGGAAUUAAUAGGCCGCUGCCCUUUGUUCUCAUCUAGUACUAAUACGUCUUAACUACCAUCGGGAAUAUUUUGUUGCCCUGUAGUAUCUCAUGUAGAUUAUUCGACGGCCUCGGCCGAAAUUUCGCAAAAGACGCAGGUUUUUUUUUCAAACGUCUUACCAACGUUCCUACUGCCUAGCGGCGGGGAUUCCCGGACCUUAUACUCCGCCGUUGGAUUGAGGCGCCGCCACGAUAAACG